GCCCACCACUCCAGCUGAGGGUCACAUGCAGCAGCGUUGCAUCUCCCCCACAAAUCCAGCAAAAACACGGCGCCCCAGCCGGGAGCGCCGCUCACUGCACACCACCCGGCAACCCACGCCAUCUCUCCCUCCCCCGCCUCCAGCGCUCGCGCACGCUUCCCCACGACGCCAAGCUACCAGUCUACCGCAGCUGAGCAGCCAGCCAGCCACCACCUAGGCACCUCCUCCUCCCUCCCCCCCUUCACGGCUCCUCUGCUCCCCCCUCACUCACUCACGCGUCUCGCCUCCCCUCCCGUUCCGUACCGUGCUGCUCCUCGCUCCACUUCAGAUCCAACGAAACCGUCCGCCCCCACCGCCACCGCCGGCGGCAGCACACCAUGCCGCGGCGCCCGCCGCUCCGCGUGGCGGCGGCGGCGCUCCUGCUCUGCUGCAUCCUCUGCCUCCGCCUCGCGUCGGCCGAGCCCGACGCCGACAAGGCGGCGCUGCUCGCCUUCCUCGCGGGGGUGGGCCGCGGCGGCGCCGCCCGCGCGCGCAUCAACUGGCCCACCACCCCGCUCGCCUGCGCAGGCCCCGGCUGGACGGGAGUCACCUGCAGCGCCGACGCCACCCGCGUCGUGGCGCUGCACCUCCCGGGGCUGGGCCUCUCCGGCGCCGUCCCCUCCGGCACCCUCGGCCGCCUCGACGCGCUGCAGCUGCUCAGCCUCCGCGCCAACAACCUCUCCGGCCGGUUCCCGACGGACCUCCUCAGCCUCCCCGCGCUCACCGGGCUCCACCUCCAGCGCAACGCCUUCUCCGGCGCGCUCCCCGCGGGGCUCGCCGCGCUGCAGAACCUCCAGGUGCUCGACCUCUCCUACAACCGCUUCGAGGGGGGACUCCCCGGCGCGCUCUCCAACCUCACCCACCUCGUCGCGCUCAACCUCUCCAACAACUCGCUCGCCGGCCGCGUCCCGGACCUCGGCCUCCCAGCGCUACAGUUCCUCAACCUCUCAAACAACCACCUUGACGGCCCCUUGCCCGGCUCCCUCCUCAGGUUCGCCGACGCCGCGUUCGCGGGCAACAACGUCACGCGCCCGGCGGCGCCGGUGCCGCCGCCGGCGCUCCUGCCGCCCUCAACGCUGGCCCCGCCUUCCACUAAGAGGCGGGUGCGGCUCAGCGAGGCGGCCAUCCUCGCCAUCGCCGUCGGCGGCUGCGUCCUCGUGUUCGCCGUCGUCGCGGUGUCCCUCAUCGCGUUCUGCAACCGGGACGGCGGCGAGGAGAUGGGCGGCGGUGCGGUGUCUGGGAAGGGCGGGGACAAGAUGGGGAGGGAGUCGCCCGAGUCCAAGGCCGUCAUUGGCAAGGCCGGGGACGGCAACCGGAUGGUGUUCUUCGAGGGCCCGUCGCUGGCGUUCGACCUAGAGGACCUGCUCCGCGCUUCUGCCGAGGUCCUCGGGAAGGGCGCGUUCGGGACGGCGUACCGGGCGGUGCUCGAGGAUGCCACCACGGUCGUCGUCAAGAGGCUCAAGGAGGUCAAUGCCGGCCGCCGCGAGUUCGAGCAGCAGAUGGAGCUGGUCGGCCGGAUUCGGCAUGACAACGUCGUCGAGCUCCGUGCUUACUACUACUCCAAGGACGAGAAGCUGCUCGUGUACGAUUACUACAGCAGGGGAAGCGUAUCCAACAUGCUUCAUGGGAAGAGGGGAGAGGACAGAACGCCAUUGGACUGGGAAACCAGAUUAAAGAUUGCCCUGGGAGCAGCAAGAGGAAUCGCACACAUUCACACGGAGAACAAUGGGAAAUUUGUUCACGGCAACAUCAAGGCCUCCAAUGUGUUCAUCAACAGGCACGACUUCGGCUGCAUCUCAGACCUCGGCUUGGCACAACUGAUGAACCCAAUCACCGCAAGGUCCCGUUCUCUAGGCUACUGCGCGCCAGAGGUCACCGACACGAGGAAAGCAUCACAGGCUUCAGACGUGUACAGCUUCGGCGUCUUCAUCCUCGAGCUCCUCACGGGGAAGUCGCCUGUCCAGAUAACCGGCGGCGGCAACGAGUUCGUCCACCUGGUGAGGUGGGUGCAGUCCGUCGUCCGGGAGGAGUGGACCGCCGAGGUGUUUGACGGCGAGCUGCUGCGGUACCCCAACAUCGAGGAGGAGAUGGUGGAGAUGCUCCAGAUCGCCAUGGCGUGCGUGUCGAGGACCCCGGAGCGGCGGCCCAGGAUGGCGGACGUGGUGAGGACGAUCGAGGAGGUGCGGCGGGGCGACACCGGGACGCGGCCGUCGACGGAGGCGUCCACCCCGGCCGUGGAAGCCGCCGCCCAGACCAGGGCGGAGAGCUCAUCAUCCGCAGCACAGUGAGUGAGUUCAAGUUCAUUCGCUGGAUGAUCCUCGCGGAUGGUAUUCGUUGUUCUUGUGUUGUUGCACGGUAGGGAGCACGGAUGGGGUCGAUCCCUGUGUGCUCCGGCGGGUGCUGUACCAUUCUUUUGUGUUAAGAUUCCAUCAAUGUUACGAAAUUGUAACAGAAUGUCAUGUGGACUUGGUUCGAUUAUGCAGCAAUUGCUCGCUGCUGAUUGUCACUGAGCGAAGGAUGAAAAAUUGCUCGCUCCUGUGUCCGCUGCGUUGCUUCUUCA